ACAUCUCCUAUAUUAUUUCCAUAUUAAAUUUUUUCGGCCAAAAACAAUCCUUGGUAAAAGGACGUAACAGGCAUCAAAUUAAAAAUAAAUUAAACUAAAAAAAUCAAUCUGAAAGCAAGUUAUAGGAGCAACAUGGAAGAUAAUGAAAACCAACAACGAAACCCCCGAGUCCUUUGCUUCCAUGGAUACAGGACCAGUGGUAAAAUCCUCAAGAAAUCAAUAAUGUCACGGUGGCCAGAAAUUGUAACACAAAAGCUGCAACUUGUGUUCCUCGAUGGCAAGUUUCCAGCACAUGCAAAAUCCGCAGUCGGUGGUGUUUCCGACCCUCCUUACUAUGAAUGGUUUCGAACCAACGAGGAUCUUUCACUGGUCAGCAACUUCGAAGAAUGUGUAGCAUACAUUGAAGAUUACAUGGUAAAGAAUGGCCCUUUUGAUGGUUUACUUGGAUUCUCUCAGGGCGCACUUGUAGCUUCUGCUUUGCCUGGAAUGCAAGCUCAGGGAGUAGCACUUGCGAAGGUAGACAAGAUCAAGUUUUUGAUUUUGAUAUCAGGAGCCAAGUUUGGUGGAAACAAGUAUGAAAUGCCUAAACUGGCUUCCAAUGCAUUUUCAGAUCCAAUUGAUUGCCCAUCUCUCCACUUUAUAGGGGAAUGGGAUUUCCAGAAACCAGAGAGCAUAGCUUUGCUUCAAGCAUUUAGAGACCCUAUUGUCAUUCGUCAUCCAAGAGGCCACACAAUCCCCAAACUUGAUGAUAAGAGUCUUGAAAUUAUGGUAGGUUUCAUUGAGAAUAUUAAGAAGAUUCCUAUGGUAGUGAGGGACCGUCGCGUUGGCCCCUUGUCACUUCUCUGAAACUUGGACAAUAUCUGUAGAAACUAUUAUUAUAAAUUUAUUAUAACCA